AGCCCCCUGCCUCCCGGCGCGCUUCUCCUAUGGGUUCUAGUGAGCAUAUCCACCCAAGAUCUGGGAGACAUCAGGAAAAUAAGAUGAGAGGCUGGGCGAAAUUGUCUGUACUCCAAAUGGGGGAGCAUCGGUGUGGGAAGGAGGGUGCACCACAUAAUGGACUCCUCAGACUGUAGGGACAGUUGCCUUGGUGAGCUCCUUCCUUGGUCAAGCAGCUUUGCAGGCCCUGGAGAAGGGCACGCGGGAAGCACAGGCCGGUUCGGGACCUGGGUGCAGCUCCAGGAGCGCGGCAAGAGGGCGCUCUCCCCGUCUCCGCCACCCUCCCAAGGCCGUUCCCGGUGCCCCGCGCGUCCCCGCCGCCGCGCUCCCGCUUCCCCACGACCCCUGCGCUCCUGCACGCUCACUUGCCUGUCCCUCGUCGCUGUCGCCGCCACCGCCGGGCCAUGGCGACCUGCUUUCUGCUGCGGAGCUUCUGGGCCGCGCGUCCGGCGCUGCCGCCUCCGGGCCGCCGCAGCCUCCGUCCGGUUCCCGCGGGAGCCCAGCGGCGCAGCUACGCCCGUGGCCCCGCUGGCCUCCCCGCCGACCUACUUCGCGGGGACAGCUUCGUGGGCGGCCGUUGGCUCCCAGCCCCCUCCACCUUCCCGGUGCACGACCCGGCCAGCGGCGCCACGCUGGGCACCGUGGCCGAUUGCGGGGUGCCCGAGGCCCGAGCUGCCGUGCGCGCCGCCUACGACGCCUUCAGCAGCUGGAAAGGGGUCUCGGUCAAGGAGAGAAGUUUAUUACUUCGUAAAUGGUACGACUUAAUGAUGCAAAAUAAGGACGACCUUGCCAAGAUCAUAACAGCAGAGAGCGGAAAGCCACUUAAAGAGGCCCAGGGAGAAGUUCUGUAUUCAGCCCUUUUCCUAGAAUGGUUCUCCGAGGAAGCUCGCCGUGUUUACGGAGACAUCAUCUAUACCUCUGCCAAAGAUAAGCGAGGGCUGGUCCUCAAGCAACCCAUCGGGGUGGCUGCAAUCAUCACCCCGUGGAAUUUUCCUAGCGCCAUGAUCACCCGGAAAGUGGGGGCCGCCCUGGCAGCCGGCUGCACUGUGGUGGUGAAACCAGCUGAAGACACGCCCUACUCCGCCCUGGCCCUGGCUCAGCUUGCAAACCAGGCGGGGAUCCCUCCAGGAGUCUAUAAUGUCAUACCCUGCUCUAGAGCUAAGGCCAAGGAAGUGGGAGAGGCACUAUGUAAUGAUCCAUUGGUGUCCAAAAUUUCCUUUACUGGCUCAACGGCAACAGGAAAGAUCCUGCUACACCAUGCAGCAAAUUCUGUGAAGCGUGUCUCCAUGGAGCUGGGUGGCCUCGCCCCAUUCAUUGUCUUUGACAGUGCCAACGUGGACCAAGCUGUUGCAGGGGCGAUGGCAUCUAAGUUUAGGAACGCUGGGCAGACUUGCGUUUGCUCGAACAGAUUCCUGGUACAGCGGGGUAUCCAUGAUUCCUUUGUGAAGAAGUUUGCAGAAGCGAUGAAGAAAAGCCUGCGUGUGGGUAACGGAUUCGAGGAGGGGACAACUCAAGGGCCGUUAAUUAAUGAGAAAGCGGUAGAAAAGGUGGAGAAGCAUGUGAAUGAUGCAGUCGCCAAAGGAGCCACGGUUGUGGUGGGCGGGAAGCGACACCAAAGUGGAGGAAAUUUCUUUGAGCCCACCCUGCUCAGCAAUGUCAGCGUGGACAUGCUGUGCAUCACGGAGGAGACCUUUGGCCCCCUGGCUCCAGUUGUCAAGUUUGAUAAAGAGGAAGAGGCCGUUGCCAUUGCAAACGCAGCUGAUGUUGGAUUGGCAGGUUACUUUUAUUCUCAAGACCCAGCCCAGAUCUGGAGAGUGGCGGAGCAGCUGGAGGUGGGCAUGGUCGGCGUGAACGAGGGACUGAUCUCUUCAGUGGAGUGUCCUUUUGGUGGGGUGAAGCAGUCUGGCCUUGGGCGAGAAGGGUCCAAGUAUGGCAUUGAUGAGUAUCUAGAGAUCAAGUAUGUGUGUUAUGGAGGCUUGUAGGAGGUUUUCCACUUCUUUAAGAAAUAAAACUACCUAGAUCUCUAGGGACAGGACAUGCAUUUUUUAAAAAUGAACAAGUAGCUUAUCAGAAUUAUGAAUUUUUAAAAAAAAAUUCAGCCAGUCCUCAUCAUUUUAGAUGUAAAUCCUAACCCUUUCCUUAUCUAACUAGGGACCAAUGAAUGCCAUAUACCUGUGGUUGUGGGCCCCAGCCAGGACUGGGACCCCAGCACAACCCCACUGCCUCAGGACAAGGUACAGUGUGAGGGUGCACGUGUCCUCUGACCCCUCACAAAGUAGUCACUGUGUGGGCACUGGGUCCCCAGGCCGAAUGGGACCGCCCAACUUGGACCCAGAGUGCAGGAAAGGAAAUGCUGGGGUGAUGAACCAGCUGGAUAAGGAGAAAGGGCACAUCCCUGCCUCUUCGGCAUCUCUCAGCUUGAUGAUGAACCGCUGCCUGUUGGGGGGAGGGGCUGAGGAGGGUGGCAAAGGCUUUGGUUUCCUAAGACUUCUUUCUAAACCACACAGCCUUGCCUGUGCUAUGUGGAAUGGGGGAGAUGUUUCUCCUUGUUUCUAGGCUACUUUUUAAAUUGUUGGGGACAGGGCUUGGUUUUGUUUCAUCUUGGUUUGGUUUGGCAUUGUGAGACAGGGUCUUGCUAAGUAGGUUGCCAAGGCUGGCUUCAGACUGAGUUCUCCUGUUUCAGCCUCCAAAGUUCUGGGGUGACAGGUGUGUUCCACCACAGCUGGGUAAAUGGACGUCUCCGCUGCCCUAAACUCACCGCUCAUGCUUCAUUUUGUUUCUCUUCGAAAAAUCAACCCAAGCUGGGGACAAAAUCUGCAGAGUCGGUUUGGCAGGGCAGAAAGCAUGGCUUGUAUUUCUUUUUCUGCUGGGUGUUGAACCCCAUGGCCUGUGCAUACUAGCCUGUGUUCUAUCGCUGAACUGUCCCAGACUUUUUUAUUUUGUUUCUUUUUGUUUGUUUGUUUUUUGUUUCUUUUAAUUUAAUUCUUGAGACAGAGUCUUGGUAAGUUACCCUGGCUGGCCUUGAGCUUUUUUAAUUGUCUUGCCUCAGUAUGCUAAGUGGAAGGCAUGACUCUCAGCUGCUUAAAGGACCUUGUGAGCUUCGUAAAAUGAAGAAACUGCAGCUUAAGUACAGGGACCUUUUAGAGUAUGAACAGUCACACCCUGCCCCACCCUGAGCUCGGAAGGUGGCUUUGUGGAGAGAGGAAAGCAGGUGCCUACCGUUCACCUGCCUAAGUUUGAACCAGCUUUUCUGUCCCUGGGUAUGGCUGCUGCUAAGCUUCCAGAAGAGCAAAUACACUUUCACCACUCUGUGGGUGCUCUGCCUGUGAGAAGUCAACACUGAUGGCAGAACUAGUCCCAGUGCUUCCUAAACAUUGCUCUAGCCACUGGGAGCUUCCAAUGCGGGAUUCAUGGUUUUUAACAUCCCCGAGCACAAGAAGAGAGCAGAAAUCUUCCUCCCGCACAACUCAGCACGUUCAUGGUCUGUUUGCAGCUGAUUUCUAACAAAUUUUCUAAUUAAACUUAAUCUAUGAAUGUGGGUGUUUUGCCUACAUAUGUCUGUGCACCACAUGCAUGCUGGUGCCCUCAGAGGCCAGAAGAGGGCAUCAGAUCGCCUAGAACCGGGGAAAGUUGUCCGCCUCUGUGUGGGCGUGCUGGUAGGUGAACCCUGGUCCUCUGGAGGUGAGCAGACACUGCUCUUAACUGCCGAGCCAUCUUGCCGGCCCCAGCAUUUCUAAUUCCUCGAUAUUUGUGCCCAUCUUUUUUUCAAUUAAGAAUACAAAUGCCCUGCUGUUAUUUUGUAGGAGAUAGACGUAAUACUGUGAUAUGAAGUCAUUUCAAAUACGCUUUAAACAGGGUGAGCCAGUGGGUGCCUGGACGUUGUGGCAAAUUUGAACUUGUGUGUGCAUAUUUGACUCGAUGGGUAUAUCACUGCCCCAGACAUUUGUUACAAUAAAUAUAAUCAAUUUUUGUAUUUAAAAUGAUGGGAGUGGAUAUCAGUGGUUAAGUGUAUUCUUAGCUGCUGGAGGCUAUGUGACUAAUCAUCACCAAAAAGAAAUUAACGUGGAAGAACAUCUUAGAAAAAUGGUUUUGGGUUAUAGGGAGACAAUGAGUUUGGGUUUUGAUAUUUAAAAACAGGCUCUCCCGUUGGUCUUAAAUUCCUGGGCUCAAAUGGUCCCCCUGCCUUAGUUUCCCAAAUAGCUGUGACUGGAGGCAUCUUGUCACCAAAUCAGCUAAGAGUAGUUUAUCCUUCAUUUAGGGGUUUUUGAGUUUGGGUCUCAUGUAGUCCAGGUUCACCUUGAAACUCUCCUGCCCCGACUUCCUGUGCUGGAAUCAUGCAUGCAUACUACCAUUCCCAGCCGAGCAGGGUUAGAUGAACCUUUGUUAUCGUUCCGUAAGAUGUGUGAUUGGUGGAAUUUUCGAAGAUGUCUAUACAGACAUGUAAGGACAAGGGCUGAAGAAGCACAACGUGAGAGCCAAAUCUGACCUGCCACCUUAACUCAUGUGCUUAAGAUAGCUGGGCGGUGGUGGUACACUCCUUUGAUCCCAGCACUUGGGAGGCAGAGGCCAGCUUGGUCUACAGAGCAAGUUGGGGAGUUAGUGGUCUCCCAUGUUAUAAGGCACCAUUUCAUUCUAUUAAACCCCUGUGAAAAGGCACAUCUUAUAGGCAUUUGUUACCAGGAGUUCUUGGCUGUAAUUAUCAAACAGCCUGAUAAUCCUGUCUCCUUGAAAAGCACUUUUCCCCAGGUGGUGGGGCUCACUGGAAGUGCCAAAGCUCAUCCGUCCAUCGGAGGGGCCUCUAAACAUGACCCCCCCCCUUCCCAUUACAAGUGCUUACCUCUUUCUGCAACUUGGUUCUUCAGGACUCCGUGAGUAAAGAUCAGACGCACAAUGUAAACAAGCCUGUUUUGUGAUGCUUUGACCUUCAAAUUGGGUCCCAUGGGUUUUCCUCUCUGAAGGCUGGAUCCCAGUGUUUUAAUUACCCAUGUGCAGCUAUUUAAAAAACAGGAUUUUACUUGAAUACUGUGAUUGUUUCGUGGCAUACUAAGAGUUGGUGAGAAAUAUUUUGUUCUGUAAACAUGUAUAUGUCGAUUCAUUUUUCUACUGUUUGACAUUGGUCAACAGAGUUGAAUCUCAUUAAUAAAUGUUGGACUAAACAAGA